CGAUCCACCGUCCUGUGGAAGGAAAGACACAAGAAAACAAAACAAAACAGGAAGCGUCGACGUCGGGGUUGUCAGUUGUCACACGCACAGUGGAUUCACCCGUGCCAACGCAAUGACAUUGGAUUAUGCUUCUCUUCCCGGAUGGAGCCUAGUUUUAAACUAACUUAAUACAAUGUUCAAAUCAAAUAAGGACUGGCGAGGGACGGACUACCAAGGAGAAUGCCGGAGGACCUAAGGUCACAGAAUGAGGAGUUCACACUAAUGUCCGCGCUUCCUGCUUCGCGACUGCGGCGGCUGCGGCCACCAUGGGUGCGCUCGCGCUGGUCAUCCCCGGCGUAAGCACCUGACGUUUCGGCCUCUUUCUAACGCCUUUUUUUCCUGGAACGAGUGAGGCGAGAUGGACGACGUGAUCACUCUCAGCUCCGACAGCGACGAGGAGGACUCCGACGUGGAAAUCGUCGGCUCCUUCAGUGACGUCGUGCCCAAAGCGGAGCCGCUGCCCCUCACGUCCGUCCGGGUCGAAGUCGAGAGCCUCGACGUGCGAACGCUCUACAUUGACCUCACAGAUCCUCGAUGGACUCUUCCAGAGCUGAAACCCAAGAGACCAUAUUCCUCUGCUUUGAGGUCGGUAGACUCGAUUAAGCAUGACGUAGCAAGUGGGACGAAUUGGGAGACAAAGCAUUUUCUGCUUGAUGACGCUCAAACGAAAGAAAUAGGUACACGAGUUGAAACUCCUAGAAAACCAGAUAAUAACUUCAAGGUGUCCUCAUCAAGAGACCCAGCUGUUUUUGCCCUUCAGAAGGACUGUGGUACCUUCAUGUCAAAGAAGAGACCGUUGGACUCUCAAACACAACACCAAGAGCAGGCCGAUAAAACACAUCAUCACACAGCAUUUGUAAAAUUAAGACGAUUGCCCUUCCAUGAAACUGAAAUUGCCAAACUGCAAACAUCAAAGAGUUGUGUGUAUUUAAAGGAAGACGGUGCGCGAAUGUCCCUGCACCUCCAGGAAAUGGACAAUAACAGCCAAGCACCAGAAUGGGUUCGUGAUUUGAGGACAACUCCUGCAUCAAAUGGUCCUCACCUGGAUCCCUCACUGGAUGAGUCUCUUCCAAAGGUGUUUGAAUCUCUCAUCUGUCAAAAAAAACAGGAGAACAGUGAUACAUCUAUAAACACAGAGUUUACUAGAAAAAUGUCGCCGCCUCGACAGACCCCAGGUGACUCUGCCUGCUCAGACAAAGGGGACUUUGUUGAAACCCCAAAAGAGCCGAGCGCUCGUGAAGACGAGAGAGAUGUCUUUUGCUCCUCUUCCUCAUCCCAAGAUGAAGCCCGGAAUUUUUUACAAAACAAAGACUUCUGCUCCAAACCGGAACAACGGAACUUCGACAAAGCGGGAUCUAAACAAAGCAAUGCCUCCGAUCCCUUACGCUCCAACUCUCCUACUGCAGGACAUUUUGACCGAGACUCUCCGUCCCACACAAAUCCCAUAUCUCCUCACCGUAAUAGCCAAGUCGAGCCAACAGCCACCUCCGAGGAUAAGCUAGCCGAUCGUCUGUCUGAAUGCGAGUCAGAGAAGUUCUAUCCUAACGAGGCUUCGAACAGCUCUGACUCCUUCCACUGGAGCGUCCCUAAUGAACCUCUUUUGUCCGUGUCCGACGAGGACAGGGAUAACGGCUCUGGGGCCGGGACGUACAGAGGGAAUCUGGGCUUUGACAGUCCAGAUCUUUGGCAAGAGGGUAGUGACGUAGAGCAUGUGAACGGCGACGGCAGAUCGGAUAUGGACUUUAGGGUGGCCAGUCGAAAGGACAAGCAAUUUGUGUGCCCAGUUACACUCAGGAAAAUAAUGUCCGGCUCGCUUCAGGUCCUGCUUGAUGAAGAAGAAAAAGGUUUCGCAGCUCCAGAGGUGCUCUGCCGCCAGAGCCUGAGCCUGGUGUACAGUACCAUCGACGAGAACUACCCAGAGGGCACUUUGCAGCUGUUGUCUGACCUACUGCAGCCCGGUCACUAUCCCCCCAGAGACAUCACGUGCCACCUGCUGCGUGGCAUUCUGCUCGACCUGCACUGUCCCUACCACCUGUGCGUGCAGGCCUUUAAUCUGCUGAUGAAGACACAGAGACACCACAUAGCUGAUAGAAUGGCAGUUCCAUGGGACUGGGAGUUGCUGACCUCAGUCAUGGUUGAUCAGAAAAAUUCAUGUGAGGUUGUGCGGAUGCUCCUGGACUAUGUUGUGCAGACUUUGGAGGACGACUUCCUGGCCAAACGCUCCAUCAAUGCACUCCACGACUCCAUUGCCAAGGCGACAUUGUCAUGUGACGAGCAGUUCCCUCGUGUCAGGGAGGUUAUCAAGUGGCUCUUUUCUGCCAUUAUGAAAUCAACAGUGCAGAAAGAGACGAGAGAAGCAGCCAGAGAGAGGGAUGAACUAAUCAGAAUGGUGUCCAUCUUCCAGAGGAUGCUGUCCUUGGCUCUUGAGGUGGACCGUUCUCCAGCUUUGAACUCUGCCAAGCUGUCCCUGGAGCUUUUUCAUAUGCUUAUCAGUGAUAUUCCUCUGCGAGCACACAGGACGUUGUUGCUGGAGAGCCUGCAGAGCAAGGUGCUGAGAUGUAAGCUGUUGGAGCAUCUGUUAGAUUACGCAUGCCCGCUGAAAACCCCUCUGCCCAUGUCGCUCAGUCUUCUGCUCCACUUUCUGAAGUACUGCACUCUGGCACCAGACCCCUUGGAUGGUACUGAACGGUGGCAGAGGUGGGAAGAGUUGCUUAAUCUUCUCUGGAUGUUGCUGCUCAGCUACAACAAAGCGAUGGAAGGCUAUCUGUGCAACUCGGUCUCUGAACAAAGAGGAAGUCUUGGCAACUCGGUUUACAAACCAGAUGAUAUGAUAUCCAAGCCGGCCAUUCGGGACGCUGUGGAGGCCUUCCUGUCCAGAUCCAAGGCGGACCUCGGCCAAGCCUUACCUCUUCAUGUGGAAGAGUCCCUCUCUUAUCUACAGGAUCACCUGCUAGAUGUCUGUCAAGGUUGAAUUAAAAAAACAACAAAAAAACAUUUUUUUUGUUGUUGUUUUUUUAAAUUUAGGGCAUUCUACUAAAUGAAUAUUUAAAUUGUUGUACGAGUUGACUUUUUAAAAUCUGAAUAAAGGCUGUGCCUUGUGUUUAUGAAUUAAAAAUAUAUUGAUAUACAA